AUGAAUCACGUCGGCAGGUGGGCGAAGAUCGGAGGAGCCGGUCGGAAAGCCACGCCCAGCCACUCGUCUCAGGCUCCGCCGCGCGAUUACCUCUGUAGCCAUUCUCCGCACAUCCCGCCGUCUACCAUGUCUGCAACUCCAGGUUGGCUUCAAUUUUUUCAUUCAUAUAGCUUUGAAAAUUCUCCGACGUGAUAUAAUGAACCACCAUUCAAAACAAGAAGUCGGCGAAUGAGAAAAAAAAAAGAAAACUGGUUGCGAUUGGGAAGUAAGGCCGUGUUCAAAGUAGUUUUCGCGAAAUGCAAAAUCAUCUCUGACUCUCCAAAUUUAAGUUAUCUCUUUAUUUUUCUAACGGCUAUUUUGCAUUUCGCGGAAUCACUUUGAACAGCAUAAUAAAGGAAAAAGUUCAAAGAAACUAAUGGCGUGUUCAUCGGACAGAACGAAAAUUGCUCCAAAACAAAAAUUAGUACUGUUUUGGAGCAACUUUGGCGCGCCGAUGAACACGAUUAUUCGUUUUGCAGCAUGUUCCGUUUCUCCGAUGAACACGCCAUAAGGAAUUCCGGGAAAAAUGAAAAAAAGUUCUGAGCUUAAAUUCUGAAGUGCCUGCAACCAAAACGUUUUCUUGGCUUAAUUUUACUAAAACAAAUUGAAUCAUAUAUUUCGAGUGGAAACUUUCAGCAAGUUGCAAGAAAAAAAACAUUGAAAUUAUCAUCAAAUGUUCAAAUUACAAAUCUCAGAAGCCGGAUUGAAAAUCGCAGCCGUCGAAGUUCCCAGCAACGAGUCCUUGGAAAGACGCACCCGCGAUGGUUCGUUUCUUUUCCACGUUUAUUUGAGUUUUUUUUUCCUAAUCUAAAAAAUGUUUUGCAUUCCGAAAUUAAAAUUAAUGCCGUUUCAAAAUCGAAUCUUGAUCCCCGAAGUUCGCGAAAGUUAAACUAGCCGUCGAAGAGUGAAACAGGUGACUAGUUUUUGGCGAGUCUGAGAUUUUAUGCGCCAUUUUUGCUGCCUCUCCCUUUUUCCAUCAUUUCUUGAACCUUUAAAAUCUCAGAAAAAUGCAAGGCUCGAUAAAGAUACCCUUUUCGCUGCCUUUUUGCCCCCUUUCUGUAUCCUUUUACGAGCCUCUCCUUCUAGCGGCCAUUAUCCACCAAUCCGACUUUGCCCGGGCCAAAGACCGAUAGGACGAGUCGGUCAUGGCACAAGCCUUUUCUUCACUGUUUAAAUAUAUUUUCAUUGAGUUCUUUUUGGAUCAUUCCUAUUUUAUUAACACUUCAUAACCUUCCUUUUUUUCGAAAAAUGCAUAACUUCAAUUUUUUUGAGAGAAAUUAAAAACAUAGCAGACUUAACUUUUCUAGGCUUUCAGAUUUUGGGCGUUAAUCCAGUUCCAAUACGAUUUUUCUUGCUUGAAUCUCAAGAUUUUUUCUGACGAUAUAAGAUUAUUACUGUCAAGGGUCUCCUUUAUUUUUUCUUAUCUGCAGAACAUUUUUUUUUCUUCUUUUUUGAUAUAAAGUCCAUUUUCUUUUUGAAAAGGGCAUUUUAAAAACUGGCUCGAGUAAGGUCGUCUUUUUUCAACAGAAACGUUUCUUUUUCAUGUCCUUCUUCAUUAUUUUGCUUCUGAAAAUGCAGUGCUUUCGGUCUAUUUCCUUAAAAAUGACUAUGAUUUAGGAAAAUGGACACUGAGACAGUUGCGCCAGACUGACGCCAUCGUACCACUGCAGAGCGGAACGAAUCAGUUCGACAGCCAACGGGUUAGAUUUUUAUUCCUCAGUUUUCACUCGGAAAUAUCGAGAGCGCUUAUGUUGUGCACCAAAGAGUCAAACGAACGGGAUUGACGCUUUUUUCCUGAGUUUGUACUCUUCCCUCCGUACGCACUUGAAGAGAGAUCUCGUGGAGUUGAUCCACAACUGGUUGUCCUCCGAUCGAUAUGUUUGUGGGGAAGAUCUACAGGGCAAGACGGGCUUUGGGAUGCCGAGGAACACCCAGACAAAAGUCGAGUUUGCCGAUGAGGACAAGCAAUGGUCGAUCGAGGAGCAGAAGCAUCUUUCCGACGCCAUCGUGAGACUGCAGUCCGGCACCAACCAGUACGAGAGCCAAAAGGUCUUCUGCUUCUCCUCCUUCGUCCUGCAACAAAGAAAAGCUCUCUUGCAUGUGCUCUGCUGUCUCAGGACUGUGCGCGUGUCGGUCUGAAUUGUGGAAUAUUGAAUUUUAGUUUACGUUUUUCAUUUGGUAGAGUUGGUAAAAAUGGUCAAAAAAAAGUAAUAAAAUUCCUAAAGUACGUUAACUCAAAGGUUAAGGGAAAACAAAUUUUUAUAAUACUCUUUCGAAUUUUUAUAUAGACGAUUCACGGCUAGCUUGGGACGCAAAAAGGCGUAGCCUGUCUGCACUCUCCACCAACCAGGGAACUGUCUCGUCUUUUUUUCGUGGCAGGACCCUUUUUCUCGAUGGCUCAAGCCAGCCGUGAAUCAGCUAUAAAAGAACAUUUUUUUGUUUCACAAUAUCACCAUUCUCUACAGUUUCAUUAUAGGCUGUUACGGUAGCUCAAAAAAAAAAAUAUUUAUUUUCGCCCGGUUUCCCAGGGAUGCCCGCCAUCCAGCUCCAACGCGGGGUGCACAAAAAACAUCAACGAAAAUUUGACUUUUUUUAGGGUUCACUAUGGGUUACAUCCUCAUUUUCGUCAGAAUAAUACUAUUAAUUCAAGGCUAUAGAUAUAAAAUCUGAUCAAACGAUAACCCGAACAUGAGAGAUCGUUCGGAAGGAAAAAAAUUUUAUUAAAAAAAUUUUCCUUUCCGAAGCACUGUCAGAGCUCACAGGCAUUCGUACAGUUCUGCGCAAGCUGCAUGAAAGAAUCCUUCUGGAAAACCUUGAAAAAUGCUCUCAAGCUGUUGAGAAAGGAGAAAUGACCUUUUUUGUUACUUUUAUCUGUCUUUCGCAUGGAGUGUGUUCGUCUCUUUCAAAUGUUGCAAGCACCACGUCGCUACAGGGCAAGACGGGCUUCGGAAUGCCGAGGAACACCCAGACAAAGGUCGAGUUCGCCGAUCAAGACAAGCAAUGGUCGAUCGAGGAGCAGAAGCAUCUCUCCGACGCCAUCGUGAGACUGCAGUCCGGCACCAACCAGUACGAGAGCCAGAAGGUCGGAUCCUGAUGCCCACUCAGUCGCAUUUUCAGUCUUGAUAUGUGCUUUUUUGCGUGCUUUUAUUCAAUAAUUCAACGUGAGCUGCCAGGGCAAGACGGGCUUCGGAAUGCCGCGGAACACGCAGACCAAGGUGGACUUCUCAGACGGCGACAAGCGCUGGACGGUCGCCGACCAACAUCCCUCUUCCGACGGCAUCGUUCGUCUCCAGUCGGGCACCAACCAGUACGAGAGUCAGAAGGUCCCGUCUUUGUCUUUGUCGCUUUACCCAACAUGUCUCCGUCCUUGUCGCGUCGUAGAAAUAUUCUAAAUGAUUUUUAAAAAUCAUUUAAAUUUUUCUAAAAAGGGGCAAGCAGAAAGCCAAGAAUUUCAUUACAUACUUUGAUGCCCUCAAAUCGGAUUUCUUUUCGGGCUUUCUCAUUAUUUUCAAAUGUGACCUCGCGGGUGGGAGUUGCAGACCAGUUAGACUGUUCAAAGUUUCGACUAAACAAUCCUAUAAGGUCGAAAAUGCAACGAGGGAAGAAAUAAUAACAGUGGAAGUAAAUUUAUGAACAUCCCCAAAAGUUUUUUUGCGUGACUCACAAGGAAAGUCAUUUUACCUUGCGGUUGGAAAUUUCCUGAAAAUCGGUCAGAACUUUUCUCAGAGUACCUUAUGAAACCCUCAGGCAGCUUAAACUUACUAGUUUUUGAGGAAUGAGGACUCAAAGUCGAAGGAGACGUUUAAAAUCCAUUUUUCAGGAAAUUUUAGAUUUUGGCUCAUUGAGACUUUCAAGACCCUGACUUGGUACUUCAAGGGAUAUUGUGACAAAUUUCAAGAAAAUCUCGACCGAAAAGUAAAGUGGCCUCCCUUGUCAGUAUCGUAAUACUCGGAGUUCCUAGACGAUUAUCUACAGAUUCCAAAAACUCAGGAUGGUAUAUCGCUGAUUUUCAAUAUUGGAUUAUAGAUAUAUUUCCAAAAUUUCCGAUAGUUGGAGUAGCGUAAUCAGCGGGAACAUAUACUUAAAAUUGAUCAAUUGAAGCGACAAGAGUCUUGAAUUGCAGGGAAUGACGUCGUUCGGAGCACCGCGAGACGUCAAGGGAAAGCACUUGAAGAGAAUCUGGGAGCUGGAGUUCCCAGAAGAAGCGCUCGAGUCGCAGCCAGUCAACGGCAACCCCCAGUGAGCCUCGUCUUGGCCUCUCCUGUUUGUACGUUCGCCUUCUAGUCACUUUCGAGUCUCCGCUUCUUCCUCCUACGAGUAAUUUCCCAUUUACUUUUUGCGCAAUCUUCAUUUAAAAUCUCCCCCUUACUUUUCCUAUCUUUCAUUUUUGUCUUCAAUAAAUCUCUUUUUCUUGACUAUGUAAAAACAUAUCAUCGUUCGAUUCGACUUCUCCACAUAAUACUUGACUUUUUAAAAAUGAUGAGCGUAGGUUUUUUUCUUUUUAUAGUCUUGGAAGGCUUCAAAUUGCUCUCUCAGACCCGCCAAGGAGUUCUCCAAGUUCCAUUAACUCGAAAAUGCGCGGUUCCUCUCGACUAAGGGCAAUAAUAUUCCAGCAAUAUGACGUGAGGACAGAAAAUAAAGCAAGACUAACCUUCUCGAGACCCCCUUUUGAGCUUUUUGACAAAAAAAAAACGGAGCAGCAAAUGGAAAAUGAAAAAGCAACAGAAAAUCUGGAAUGGAUGGGACAAUUGGGAAAAGACGCAUAACGGCAAACUCGAUUUCGGCGGACCUUCUCUUUACAUCUCGGCGCCUCCUUUUUGCGCUUCUCCGUCCUUUUCGCCUGAAAAAUGCCCAUGCAAAUGGCUUUGCGUCUGGCCGUCCGUGCAUAAUUUUCAAGGUUCUGGCCAUCGCCUGUUGGCCGCAGCUGAUUCCGCAGCCGAUUCUGUAGCAGUGUUGCGUCCAUGUCCGGCUUCCAUGCCCUUGUUGCCACUUUGCGCCGCGUGUCGUAAGUUUUUCGAUAUAAAGUCUACAGCAAAACAAAAAAGUAUAUAUAUAUAAUCCAUUUGCAAUGAAAUAGUCUUACCUGUCUGCGUAUUUCACUUCGAGGUUAUAGAAACCAGAGAAAAGUGGUGACAGGACUCUUCCUAUUUGUAACUUUCUUUAAUUUUGACUUUUUGAUGAUCAAAUAUUAUGACUUUUUCAUCCUUCUAAUGAAGAGUUUGUACGACAGCAAAAAACUAGUAAUAUAUAUAACUUCGGUUUCUGCGAUCAUUGCUUGUCAAACAGGGAAAGCACACGCAAGCCAAAUUACCUAAAAAAACAAUAUUAGUUCUAAAAGGAAUUAUUUCUCUUUAUUUAAGUUCUAGAUGUGAUUUUUCAAAAACACUAACGUUGUAGUAAUUUCUUUCACUAAUAACUGGAUAAAUAACAGCUAGAAAAUAAUUUGAUUCAUGAAACACUCAAUUUCGCUUUUUGCGCGUCACUUUUUGUAUGCAUCGUGUGCACUGCGUACAAAACACUGUAUUUUCCGCCGUUGCGGUGGGCGUGGCCUCAAUUUGGUGUCGCCGUGGGGAGAAAAUCGAAAAGCUUCACUCAUCCAAAAAAUUUUUGUAGUUUAUGAAAAAUGACGGCAAAAAACGAUAGUCAGCGACAAGACAAAAAAAGGAAAAUUUUCUGAUUUCUUCUCGCCAACUCCUUUCAAGUAGGGGUUUUAUUUUCGAGAAGCUGGAAUUUUGAAAAAUAUUUUUAACAACAGAAAGUACAAUCACGAGAACGUUUUUUUUUAAAAACAAGCUCUAAAAUUAGCUUGUCAUGACGUCACUAAGAUUAUACCUUGAAUGUUAAACCCAUAAGUAAAAGUUCCAGUGUUGGUGUCCGUGAGCGCAGAGUUCGAUCCGUGUCUGUCGGUGCGUGGGACCAACAUGAACUCUCUUGAGAACUUCGCGUCGCCAAACUUCCCCUCCAAGUGAGUCUGCCGAGAAUCUAGAAACCGUCCGUCGCCAAGGUACCCGCCGAAUCUGGACUGCGUCCGCGUCGUCCACUCUCGGCCUGGACACGACGUCCUCGUCACUUUCCACCACAUGUUCCAGGUAACGAGUGCCUACGGUCUUUCAACCUGUUGUUUCAGAUCGAAUCCACAUACGAUAAACUUGAAGCCGGAACUGACUGUCCCAACGACUUCAUCGUCAGUUUCUUUUAUGAUUUAUAAUCAAAUGGUAUCAAUUAUUCUCAUCUUCUAUUGAAAAUCAAUUUUUGACUCGAAACUCUUCUAUUAAAAUUUGUCAACCGCUGGCCGGCGACAGAACUUUUCGAUUAACAUGGAAGGUCGUUUUUGCCUAGGCCCUAGGGUUUGGAAUUUUUUAUAAAUUUACUUUUAUAAUCUUUUAUGGACUGGGAAUCGAUCCUACAUAGCCGCUAUUUCUUCUCGUUUUGUAGAUAUGUUUUUUUAAAGUUUUUAUCCUUGAACACGGGACACCGUUUGGAAGAAAUGUGUCCACGCCACCAGCCUUAGCAAGGAUGCUAGGAUCGUGGUGCAGUGGCUAGCUCGCUAGCCUGUCAACCAUAUGAUGAAAGUUCGAAACUUUUUGCCGCUACCGUUUUUUGCCAUUGUUUUUUGGCGGAUUCUGACGCCGUUUUUUUAAUUUAGUCUUUUUAUACUAUACACUGCAGUUGCAGGAGUUCCGAGAUGGUCGCUAUGGGUUUUCGCCGCUAAUUGGGCGUUUUUGUGGACGUCAGCUUCCUUAUGUCGAAAUCAGAGCGGUUUCUGGUAAGAGCGGGAAAUUGAAAGGAUAAAGAUUCUUUUUUUCUAUCACUUUGCUCAAAACGACCAUAACCAGUCAAUCGAUAUUUAUUUUUGAGGUGGUAACCAAGCACUUAUUGAGCCAUACCAAACAUAAAUAAUUUGAAAUUUUGAUAAUUUUGGAACGUUAUUUUUAAAGGCUCAUGUAAAGUUAUGUGUUGCUCAAUUUUCUCGACUUUUGAUAAGCGAAAAUGUAGGUUUCAUGUGGAUUCGGUUUCGGACGGAUGCGAUGCUCGAAUAUAGCGGGUUUUCGGCCAAAAUAGCUCUGGUGCCAGCGAGAAAUCGACGCGACAACAUGCACCGUUCGUUUUUCUCUCUUUGUUUCUUUAUUAAAAUAUUGAAGAUCUAAUUCAGAGUGCCUGAUGGAGUAUCUCAACGGUCUUGAUGGCUUUGUGCGUACGCAGGACCUCAUAUCUUCAUUAGUGAGUCGAAUCUUGAUCCAGACGGGAAAGACGACUUUGCAGCCCUUGAACGUGUCGGGAACCUUGGACUGCGUUUGGCGUUUAUCUGUACCGGAAAAUUACAAGUAGUAAUUGGAAACUUUUGAAUAGAAGAUUUAUUCGUUUAGAAUCGCCUUGUAUAUCCACGAAUUUGUGUUGACGGCUCCAAAUCAGUGCGGACAGAAUUUUUUAGAAGUUUACGCCGGAGGAACCGCCGACAAGCCGAUUCGAAGGUGACUUUACACAGUUUCUCAUUUUCCGAAAAAGGGCUCCACGUGGUUAAUGAGGGAAGGUCAACGAGAGAUGUCAGGUUUUGUGGAUUGUCGGCGACUGACGUCUUUUCGCCGUCUUCCGAGGUGUUGGUGCGAUUCUUCCUGUCAGAUGUACGACUUCUCAACUCGACCAGAGUGACGGCCCUUUUUUCCUCCUACACAAGACGUAUGCUUCCGCACACCUCAGGAAACAGCAUUUCGGUUUCAGACAAAAACUGCUCCCAGCCCGGCCUAUUCGCCUGUGGAGACGAGAACUGUGUGCCGGCGACGCUCGCCUGCAACAAUCGAGCAAAUUGUCCUUAUGGAAGGGACGAAGCAGUCUGCCACGUCGGUAUGUUCGUUGAACAUAUGCACGGCGACACCAAACCGACGCCACGCCCACCUCAGCGGGAAAUAAAAUGUUUUGUACGCAGUGCACACGUUGCACGUAAAGCGACGCGCAAAAAGCGAAAUUGUUUUUUUUUUAAUUAUGAAUAAUAUCAUCUUCUAGCUUUUAUUCAUCCAGCUCAUAGAUUUGAAGCCAAAAUUUAACGUUCGCCUUUCCUUCCUUCCCUAUGUAAACAAUUUAAAAAAAAAGCCUGUCUGGAGUUUCAUACUUCUUGCCUUGAAGCCGAUAUGUGCCAAAUUAAAACAACUUUCAGCGCAGGACAGGCUGUGGGUGUUCUUGACGAGCGGAUUCGCCCCGUUAGUAUCUUUAAUUACCGCCGUGUUCAUCGUCGUCGCUGUUGUAUGCGUUUAUACAAUACGGAGUAACCGCUGCUGUCAGUUUUAUUUUUCGUAUUUAUCAAGUCCUCUUGACAGUAUAGCUGAUUCACGGUUGGCUUGAGCAAUCAAAAUAAGGUUCCUGACGCGAAAAUAAAAGAGACAGUGUCUGGUUGGCGGUGGGCGCUUUUGCGUCCUAAGCUAGCCCUGAGUCGGCUAUGGCGUGAAGAUGAAAGAAAUUGAAGUGAUUACUACUAGUAAUUAUCCUUAACCCUCAAACCCAACAUUUAAAAAAUCAAAAAAAAUGUGUUCCACCUAUGAAGGCCUCGUUUUAAAAACACAGAAAAAAAGAAAAAAAAGUUUCGACCUUAGAUUAGCUUAAAAAAAGGAUAGCGCUUUCCCAAAAUUUCGGGAAAAAAAAGUUACCUUAUCUUUCAGCGCUACCGCCGCUGUGA